CCCGCGGCUCCUCCCGCACAGGCUCCGCCGCUCCGCACCCGCGGCCGACAGGCUCGGCUCCUGCCUCUCCUGCCUUGCUCCCGCCGCGAUGUCCGCGCUGCUCCUGGCGCUGGCGAUGCUCUGGGGAUUACCGCCCGUCGCGGAGGCGCUGACAGCGGCAGCCCGCGGAGAAGAGCAUCACUUGUGUGACGUAGGAGAGUUCCUGUGUCACGAUCGCGUGACUUGUGUCUCCCAGCACUGGCUGUGUGAUGGAGAGCCUGACUGUCCUGAUGAUUCAGAUGAGUCUUUAGACACAUGUCCUGAGGAAGCAGAUUUGAAGUGCACCCCAAAUUUUGUCAGCUGCAUUGGUACCAACAAAUGCAUUCACUUGUCCCAGCUCUGCAAUGGUGUCUAUGACUGCUCUGAUGGGUAUGACGAGGGAGUUCAUUGCAGGGAAAUGCUCCCCAGAUGCCAACAGAUGAAUUGCCAAUACAAAUGUGCCAUUACCAGGAAUGGCACCAGGUGUUACUGUGGGGAGGGAUAUGAAACAAGCAGUGAUGGAAGAAGCUGCACAGAUAUGAAUGAAUGCAACACAUAUGGAAGCUGUAGCCAGACAUGUGUAAAUACUGAAGGAUCAUACACUUGCAGCUGUGUGGAGGGUUAUGUACUUCAGCCUGAUAACAAGUCCUGCAAGGCCAAAAAUAAGCCUGCUGAUAGACCUCCUCUUCUUCUGGUUGCAAGCUCUGAAACAAUUGAGGUUUUAUAUCUUAAUGGAAGCAAAUUGUCUGCACGAACCCCUGUAAAAGGAUCUGCAGUACUGACAUCGGACUACAGCUACAGAGAGGACACAGUUUGUUGGAUUGAAUCAAGGGAUCUCUCAAGUCAGCUGAAGUGUUCCAAGAUAACCAAAGCUGGGAAGUUAACAGAGGAGUGGAUAAUAAACAUUGCUCAGUACCUUCACAAUGUACAGCAAAUAGCAAUCGACUGGAUCACGGGGAAUUUUUACUUUGUGGAUCACGUCAGUGACAGGAUCUUUGUUUGCAGCCAGAAUGGGUCAGUGUGUGUCACCCUCAUCGAGCUGGAUCUGAAUAACCCCAAGGCCAUAGCUGUUGAUCCAACAGCAGGAAAGCUUUUCUUUACAGACUACGGGAAUGCUGCCAAGGUGGAGAGAUGUGACAUGGAUGGAAUGAACAGGACGUGGAUAGUAGACUCUAAAAUUGAACAGCCUACUGCUCUUGCACUAGACCUCAUCAAUAAAUAUGUGUACUGGGUUGACAUAUAUCUGGAUAGCGUGGAAGUUGUUGACUAUCAAGGGAGAAGGAGGCACACAAUAAUUAAAGGCAGACAAAUUAGGCAUUUGUGUGGUUUGGCAGUAUUUGAAAACUAUUUAUAUACAGUUAAUUCAGAUAACCUCAGCAUUUUACGAAUAAACAGAUACAAUGGCAGUGAUGUUCAGGCUCUUGCUAGAGUUGACAACACUAAAGAGAUCCGUGUGUACCAGAAAAGAACUCAAACUGCAGUCAAAAGCCACGCAUGUGAAGUGGACCCAUAUGGAAUGCCGGGGGGAUGUUCACACAUCUGUCUGCUCAGCAGCAGCUACAAAGCACGGACUUGUCGCUGCAGGACUGGCUUCAUCCUGGGGAGUGAUGGCAGGUCAUGCAAAAGACCAAAGAAUGAAUUGUUUCUUUUUUAUGGGAAGGGACGCCCAGGAAUAAUCCGGGGAAUGGACCUGAAUACCAAAGUAUCUGAUGAGUACAUGAUUCCUAUAGAGAACUUGGUCAAUCCUCGUGCUCUGGAUUUCCACGCCGAAACAAAUUACAUUUACUUUGCUGAUACCACCAGUUUCCUAAUCGGACGACAGAAAAUUGAUGGCACGGAGCGAGAAACGAUCCUCAAAGAUGAUCUUGAUAAUGUAGAAGGCAUAGCAGUGGAUUGGAUUGGAAAUAAUCUUUAUUGGACAAAUGAUGGCCACAGGAAAACAAUUGCUGUCGCCAGACUAGAAAAAGCUGCUCAGAGUAGAAAAACUUUGUUGGAGGGAGACAUGUCCCACCCUAGAGGAAUUGUUGUUGAUCCUGUCAAUGGGUGGAUGUAUUGGACAGACUGGGAAGAAGAUGAAAUAGAUGCCAGUGUGGGAAGGAUUGAGAAGGCCUGGAUGGACGGCUACAGUCGGCAGAUUUUUGUAACAUCAAAGAUGUUGUGGCCAAAUGGUUUAACUCUGGACUAUCGUGCCAAUGUGUUGUACUGGUGUGAUGCCUAUUAUGAUCACAUUGAAAGGAUAUUUUUGAAUGGAACUGACAGGAAGGUAGUCUACAGUGGAAAAGAUUUGAAUCAUCCUUUUGGACUAUCACACCAUGGAAAUUGUAUUUACUGGACAGAUUAUAUGAAUGGGUCAAUUUUCCAGUUGGAUCUGCUUACAAGGAAUGUGACAUUGUUGAGAAGUGAAAGACCACCUUUGUUUGGGCUCCAGAUUUAUGAUCCACGUAAACAGCAAGGUGACAAUGCAUGUCGUGUUAAUAAUGGAGGCUGCAGCACUCUGUGUUUGGCCAUUCCUGGAGGCAGAGUUUGUGCCUGUGCUGAUAAUCAGCUUUUGGAAGAAAACAGUACAACCUGCAUGAUUAAAGAUGAAGAAGUACCACCCCAGUUGUGCAAAGCUGAGCAGUUCCAGUGCAGCAAUAAACGGUGUAUCCAGGAUCGCUGGCGCUGCGAUGGGGACGACGACUGUCUGGAUGGCAGUGAUGAACACUCUGAAAUCUGCUUCAAUCAUAGUUGUCCUGAUGAUCAGUUUAAGUGCCAAAAUAAUCGCUGCAUUCCCAAGAGGUGGCUUUGUGAUGGAGCCAAUGAUUGUGGUAAUAAUGAAGAUGAAUCAAAUAAAACUUGUGCAGCAAGAACGUGUCAGGUUGACCAAUUUUCCUGUGGGAAUGGACGCUGCAUUCCAACAUCAUGGCUGUGUGACAGGGAGGAUGACUGUGGGGAUGGGACAGAUGAAAUGACAUCCUGUGAAUUCCCAACAUGUGAGCCACUAACUCAGUUUAUAUGCAGAAAUGGAAGAUGCAUUAGCAGCAAAUGGCUCUGUGAUUCAGAUGAUGACUGUGGUGAUGGAAGUGAUGAGCUGGGCUGCAUUCACUCCUGUUCUGCUGACCAGUUCAGGUGUCAUAAUGGUCGAUGUAUCCCGAGUCACUGGGCUUGUGAUGGUGACAAUGACUGUGGAGAUUUCAGUGAUGAAACCAAAGCAAACUGCAGCAAGGAAGAAACUCCCUCUCCUGGAAGGUGCAAUGGGAGGGAAUUUCAGUGCAGUCCUGAUGGGAACUGUGUGCCUGAGUUGUGGCGCUGUGAUGGAGAAAAGGACUGUGAAGAUGGGAGUGAUGAAAAGGGCUGUAAUGGAACUAUCCGACUGUGUGAUGAAAAAACAAAGUUCUCCUGCCAGAGUACAGGGAGAUGCAUUAGCAAAGCGUGGCUUUGUGAUGGCGAUAUUGAUUGUGAGGAUCAGUCUGAUGAGGAUAAUUGCGAGGGCUAUAUGUGUGGACCACCAAAAUACCCUUGUGCUAAUGAUACCUCCAUCUGCCUACAGCCUGAGAAGCUCUGCAAUGGGAGAAGAGAUUGUCCUGAUGGAUCUGAUGAAGGCGAUCUUUGUGAUGAAUGUUCACUUAACAAUGGUGGAUGUAGCCAUCAAUGUUCUGUGGUUCCUGGAGGAAGAAUUGUGUGCUCCUGCCCUGCAGGAUUCAGUCUUGGUAUAGACAACAAAACUUGUGAGGUUAUGGAUUACUGUACCAAGCACCUGAAGUGCAGCCAAGUAUGUGAACAGCAUAAAAACACUGUCAAGUGCUCAUGUUAUGAAGGCUGGAAGCUCAGUAAGGAUGGAGAAAAUUGUGUUAGUACUGAUCCAUUUGAAGCUUUCAUAAUUUUUUCUAUUCGACAUGAGAUCAGAAAAAUUGAUCUUCACAAGCGUGACUACAGCCUCUUAGUUCCUGGGCUAAGAAAUACAAUAGCCCUUGACUUCCAUUUCAGUCAGAGUUUACUGUACUGGACAGAUGUGGUAGAGGACAAAAUUUACAGAGGCAAGCUCUCUGACACUGGAGGUGUUAGUGCCAUUGAGGUUGUGGUACAACAUGGCCUGGCCACACCUGAAGGUCUUACUGUAGAUUGGAUUGCAGGAAACAUAUACUGGAUAGACAGCAAUUUGGACCAGAUUGAAGUAGCAAAACUAGAUGGCACUCUGAGAACAACAUUAAUAGCUGGAGCUAUGGAACAUCCAAGGGCUAUUGCUUUGGAUCCCAGAUAUGGGAUUCUGUUUUGGACGGACUGGGAUGCAAAUUUUCCUCGCAUUGAAUCCGCUUCCAUGAGCGGAGCAGAAAGAAAAAUCAUAUAUAAAGAUAUGGAUACUGGAGCCUGGCCUAAUGGCCUUACUGUAGAUCACUUUGAAAAAAGAAUAGUGUGGACAGAUGCCAGGUCGGAUGCCAUUUAUUCUGCACUGUAUGAUGGAACAGGCAUGAUAGAGAUCAUACGGGGUCACGAAUAUCUUUCUCACCCUUUUGCUGUUUCUUUGUAUGGGAGUGAAGUUUAUUGGACAGAUUGGAGAACCAAUACACUGGCAAAAGCCAAUAAGUGGACUGGCCAGAAUGUCAGUGUAAUACAAAAAACAAGUGCUCAGCCAUUUGAUCUUCAGAUCUACCAUCCAAGUCGUCAACCACAAGCUUCCAAUCCGUGUGCUGCUAAUGAGGGCAGAGGUCCAUGUUCUCACAUGUGUCUGAUCAAUCACAACAGAAGUGCUGCCUGUGCCUGUCCACACCUGAUGAAACUGUCUUUAGACAAGAAAACAUGUUAUGAAAGAAAGAAAUUUCUCCUCUAUGCAAGGCGUUCAGAAAUAAGAGGGGUGGACAUAGAAAACCCAUAUUUCAACUUUAUCACAGCCUUCACUGUUCCUGACAUUGAUGAUGUGACAGUCAUAGAUUUCGAUGCUGUUGAGGAACGCUUAUACUGGACUGAUGUGAAAACACAGACCAUCAAACGUGCCUUCAUCAAUGGGACUGGCUUAGAAACCAUUAUUUCAAGAGAUAUUCAGAGUAUCAGAGGUCUUGCAGUGGAUUGGAUAUCACGCAAUUUAUAUUGGAUUAGCUCGGAAUUUGAUGAAACACAAAUUAACGUGGCACAUUUAGAUGGUUCCUUGAAAACCUCAAUCAUCCAUGGAAUCGAUAAACCUCAGUGUCUUGCAGUUCACCCAGUAAAAGGUAAACUCUACUGGACCGACGGUAACACAAUUAACAUGGCAAACAUGGACGGCAGCAACAGCAAAAUACUCUUCCAGAAUCAAAAAGAUCCUGUUGGUCUGUCAAUAGAUUAUGGGGAGAACAAGCUUUACUGGAUCAGUUCAGGAAAUGGAACCAUAAAUAGAUGCAAUUUGGAUGGUGGUAAUCUUGAAAUAAUAGAAUCAAUGAAAGAAGACUUAACAAAAGCCACAGCUUUAACCAUCAUGGUGCAUGUUAGCUCCUCAAAUCUUGGUAAUUGGGAAAGUCUUUACUUUCCUUUCAUUGACUGCUUUAUCUUUCCCAUAGGUAUCGAAUCAUUUCUCAUGUAUUCUGUUCAUGAAGGAAUAAGAGGAAUUCCUCUUGAUCCAAAUGAUAAAAUGGAUGCUUUAAUGCCUGUAUCUGGGACUUCAUUUGCUGUGGGCAUAGACUUCCAUGCAGGAAAUGAUACAAUCUAUUGGACAGACAUGGGUUUCAACAAAAUUAGCAGAUCUAAGCGAGACCAAACAUGGAAAGAAGACAUUGUUACAAAUGGUUUGGGAAGAGUUGAAGGCAUUGCAGUGGACUGGAUAGCAGGUAACAUAUAUUGGACAGAUCAUGGCUUCAACUUAAUUGAAGUUGCCAGGCUCAAUGGCUCGUUCCGAUAUGUGAUUAUAUCCCAGGGCUUGGACCAGCCAAGAUCCAUCGCAGUACACCCAGAAAAAGGGUAUUUGUUUUGGACAGAGUGGGGACAGACUCCUUGCAUAGGCAGGGCACGCUUAGAUGGGUCUGAGAAGGUUGUCCUUGUGAGCCUGGGGAUUGCGUGGCCUAACGGGAUUUCCAUCGAUUACGAGGAAAAUAAAUUAUAUUGGUGUGAUGCUCGUACCGACAAGAUAGAAAGAAUUGACCUUGAGAGUGGAGGGAAUCGGGAGAUUGUGCUGUCAGGGAACAAUGUGGAUAUGUUUUCAGUUGCGGUGUUUGGAGCUUACAUCUACUGGUCUGACAGAGCACAUGCAAAUGGCUCUAUUAGAAGAGGCCACAAGAAUGAGGCCACGGAUGCUGUGACCAUGAGGACUGGCCUUGGAAUAAACCUGAAGGAAGUGAAAGUCUUUAAUAGAGCACGAGAGAAAGGCACCAAUGUGUGUGCCAAGAAUAACGGUGGGUGUCAUCAACUUUGCCUUUAUCGUGGAAACGCAUGGAGGACGUGUGCUUGUGCACAUGGAUAUCUUGCAGAAGAUGGAAUUAGUUGCCUGAGACAUGAAGGCUACCUGUUGUACUCAGGGAGGACCAUAUUAAAAAGCAUUCACCUUUCUGAUGAAACCAACUUGAAUUCACCAAUAAGGCCAUAUGAAAAUCCAGAGUACUUCAAAAACGUCAUAGCUCUGGCUUUUGACUACAGCCUGAAGGGAAGGGGCACAAACCGCAUAUUCUUCAGUGAUGCACACUAUGGAAAUAUUCAAGUGAUUAAAGACAACUGGGCUGGCAGAAAAGUGCUAAUUGAAAAUGUUGGGUCAGUGGAGGGACUUGCUUAUCACAGAGCUUGGGACACCCUGUACUGGACCAGUUCUACCACAUCCUCCAUCACGAGACACACCGUUGACCAGAGGCGUCGAGGGGCUUUCAACCGGGAAGCUGUAAUAACCAUGUCAGAGGAUGAUCAUCCACACGUGCUGGCUCUGGAUGAAUGCCAAAACUUAAUGUUUUGGACUAACUGGAAUGAGCAACUCCCAAGCAUCAUGAGAUCUACCCUCUCAGGCAAAAAUGCACAGGUUAUCAUUAGUACAGAUAUUCUGACACCAAAUGGACUGACCAUUGAUCACAGGGCAGAGAAACUUUACUUUUCAGAUGGCAGCUUGGGAAAAAUUGAGAGGUGUGAAUAUGAUGGAUCACAAAGAUAUGUAAUUGUGAAGUCUGGACCAGGCACAUUUCUCAGCCUGGCUGUGUAUGAUGAAUACAUCUUCUGGUCAGAUGGGGUGAGGAGAGCUAUCCUGCGUUCCAGUAAAUACACAGGAGGAGACACAAAAGUUCUUCGUUCUGAUAUCCCUCAUCAGCCAAUGGGCAUUAUUGCUGUUGCCAAUGACACCAACAGUUGUGAGUUAUCUCCUUGUGCACAAAUGAAUGGAGGUUGUCAUGAUUUGUGCCUUCUGACGCCUGACGGGCGAGUGAACUGCUCGUGUAGAGGGGACAGAAUUCUGAUAGAUGAUAACAGAUGUGUGACUAAAAAUUCUACUUGCAACAUCUAUUCAGAGUUUGAAUGUGGAAAUGGUGAAUGCAUUGAUUAUCAGCUGACUUGUGAUGGCAUUGCUCAGUGUAAGGACAAGUCCGAUGAGAAACUCUUCUACUGUGAAAAUAGAGGCUGUCGGAAGGGUUUCAAACCAUGUUCUAAUCGUCGCUGCAUUUCAAGUAACAAAGUGUGUGAUGGUGUAAAUGACUGUGGUGACAACUCUGAUGAAUUUGACUGUAAAGAUUCAGCAUGUGCUUCGACAGAAUUCCGUUGUGCAGAUGGGACUUGCAUUGGAAAAUCAGCGCAGUGCAACCAGAUCAUUGAUUGUGCAGAUGCUUCAGAUGAAAAGAACUGCAAUAAUACAAACUGUGCUUACUUCUAUAAACUUGGAAUAAAAUCUUCAGGAUUUAUUAACUGCAAUUCAACUUCCCUUUGUAUACUGCCAGAGUGGAUAUGUGAUGGAUCUAAUGACUGUGGAGAUUAUACAGAUGAACUAAAAUGCCCAGUUCAAAACAAACCCACAUGUGAAGAAAAUUAUUUUGGUUGUCCUAGUGGAAGAUGUAUUCUGACCACCUGGCUUUGUGAUGGGCAGAAAGACUGUGAGGACGGAGUAGAUGAAUUGCACUGUGAUUCGUCUUGCUCAUGGAAUCAAUUUGCUUGCUCUGCAAACAAAUGCAUCUCUAAGCAGUGGAUUUGUGAUGGUGAGGAUGACUGUGGAGAUGGUUUAGAUGAGAGUGAUGCUAUUUGUGGCUCAGUGACCUGUGCAGCAGACACCUUCAGCUGCUUGGGCUCCCAUGCCUGUGUUCCCCGGCACUGGCUUUGUGAUGGUGAGAGAGACUGUCCCAAUGGAAGUGAUGAGCUGUCCACAGCAGGCUGUGCUCCUAAUAACACUUGUGACGAGAAUGCUUUCAUGUGCCAUAACAAAGUCUGCAUUCCCAAACAGUUUGUUUGUGACCAUGAUGAUGACUGUGGAGAUGGAUCAGAUGAAUCUCUGGAAUGUGGAUAUCGUCACUGUCGUCCUGGAGAGUUCACCUGUGCUGAUGGCAGAUGCCUGUUAAAUUCUCAGUGGCAAUGUGACGGGGAUUUUGACUGCCCAGACCAUUCUGAUGAAGCACCUAUCAACACCAAAUGCAAAAGUUCAGAGCAGUCAUGUAACAGCUCUUUUUUUAUGUGCAAAAAUGGCAAGUGCAUUCCUCAAAGUGAUGUUUGUGAUAACAAAGAGGAUUGUAGUGAUGGGUCUGAUGAGAAAAGCUGCCACACUAAUGAAUGCCUCAGUAAGAAAGUUAGUGGCUGUUCACAGGAUUGUCAGGAUCUUCCUGUUGGAUACAAGUGCAAAUGCUGGCCUGGAUUCCUCCUGAAGGAUGAUGGCAAAACGUGUGUAGAUAUUGAUGAAUGUUCAUCUGGAUUUCCCUGUAGCCAGCAAUGCAUCAAUACAUAUGGAACCUACAAAUGCUUGUGUGCAGAAGGGUAUGAAAUACAACCUGAUAACCUCAAUGGCUGCAAAUCCCUGUCAGAUGAGGAACCUUUCUUAAUUCUGGCUGAUCAUCAUGAAAUAAGAAAAAUUAGCACUGAUGGAUCCAACUACACUUUGUUGAAACAGGGGCUGAACAAUGUGAUUGCAGUAGACUUUGACUAUAGAGAAGAGUUCAUCUAUUGGAUUGAUUCCAGCAGACCAAAUGGCAGUCGCAUAAACAGAAUGUCUUUAAAUGGAAGUGACAUCAAGGUAAUCCACAAUACAGCUGUUCCCAAUGCACUGGCUGUCGAUUGGAUUGGGAAGAAUCUCUAUUGGUCUGACACUGAAAAGAGAAUUAUUGAGGUGUCUAAACUCAGUGGUUUAUACCCAACUGUCCUUGUGAGCAAGAGGGUGAAGUUUCCCAGAGAUCUCUCCUUAGAUCCUCAAGCUGGAUACUUAUACUGGAUUGAUUGCUGUGAGUACCCUCACAUUGGCCGUGUUGGGAUGGAUGGAUCCAGACAAACCGUUAUCAUAGAGACACAGAUAUCCAGACCUAUGGCUCUUACAAUAGAUUAUGUCAACCACAGGCUGUAUUGGGCUGAUGAAAAUCACAUUGAGUUUUCUGACAUGGAUGGAUCUCACAGACAUAAAGUCCCUAAUCAAGACAUUCCAGGGGUGAUUGCACUAACACUGUUUGAAGACUUCAUCUACUGGACAGACGGGAAAACUAAAUCACUCAGCCGUGCCCACAAAACCUCUGGAUCAGACAGACUGUCACUGAUUAACUCAUGGCACACCAUAACAGACAUCCAGGUGUAUCAUUCUUACAGGCAACCUGAUGUGUCUAAACACGUGUGUACACUAAACAAUGGUGGUUGCAGUCACUUGUGCCUUCUGGCCCCUGACAAGAUGUACACGUGUGCCUGUCCCACCAACUUCUACCUGGCUGCUGAUAACAAGACGUGUCUGUCGAACUGCACGGCCAGUCAGUUCCGCUGCAAAACUGACAAGUGUAUCCCGUUCUGGUGGAAGUGUGACACUGUGGAUGACUGUGGGGAUGGCUCUGACGAGCCUCCAGAAUGCCCUGAAUUCAGAUGUCAACCAGGACGUUUUCAGUGUGGAACUGGACUUUGUGCUCUUCCAGCCUUUAUCUGUGAUGGAGAGAAUGAUUGUGGGGACAAUUCUGAUGAACUGAACUGUGACACACAUGUGUGUCUGUCAGGUCAGUUCAAGUGCACAAAAACUCAGAAGUGCAUUCCAAUAAACCUGAGGUGCAAUGGACAGGAUGACUGUGGUGAUGAAGAAGAUGAAAGAGACUGUCCUGAAAACAGUUGUUCUCCAGACCAUUUCCAGUGUAAAACAACAAAGCACUGCAUUUCCAAACUGUGGGUAUGUGAUGAAGACCCAGAUUGUGCUGAUGGAUCAGAUGAAGCCAACUGUGAUAAAAAAACUUGUGGACCUCAUGAGUUCCAGUGCAAAAAUAACAACUGCAUUCCAGACCACUGGAGAUGUGACAGCCAGAAUGAUUGUGGAGAUAAUUCUGAUGAAGAAAACUGUAAGCCUCAAACAUGCACUUUGAAAGACUUUCUGUGUGCGAAUGGAGACUGUGUUUCAGCGAGAUUCUGGUGUGAUGGAGACUAUGACUGUGCAGAUGGCUCAGAUGAGAGGUAUUGUGAAACAGGCUGUUCAAGGGAUCAGUUCCAGUGCUCCAAUGGUCAGUGCAUAUCAGCGAAGUGGAAAUGUGAUGGUCACGAGGACUGCAAACUUGGGGAUGACGAGAAAAAUUGUGUACCAGCAUCUCCAACCUGCUCUUCAAGUGAGUACGUGUGUGCAAGUGGAGGCUGCAUUUCAGCAUCUUUGAAGUGCAAUGGAGAGUACGACUGUGCUGAUGGAUCUGAUGAGAUGGAUUGUGUAACAGAAUGUAAAGAAGAUCAGUUUCGAUGUAAAAAUAAGGCCUACUGUAUCCCUGUCAGAUGGCUUUGUGAUGGGAUCCAUGACUGUGUGGAUGGCAGUGAUGAAGAAAACUGUGACCAAGGGGGAAAUAUAUGUAGAGCUGAUGAGUUUUUGUGCAAUAAUUCCCUCUGCAAACUACAUUUUUGGGUUUGUGAUGGUGAGGAUGACUGUGGAGAUAACUCUGAUGAAGUUGCUGAAAUGUGUGUAAAGUUUCCAUGCCCUCCAACAAGGCCGUUCAGAUGUAGAAACAACAGGGUUUGUCUGCGACCUGAGCAGAUUUGCAAUGAGGUCGAUGACUGUGGUGAUAACUCGGAUGAAGAUCACUGUGAUAAAAUCACAUACAAACCAAGACCAUGUAAAAAAGAUGAGUUUGCUUGUAAUGAUAAGAAAUGUAUUCCAAUGGAGCUGCAGUGCGACUGGUUUGAUGACUGUGGAGAUGGUUCAGAUGAGCAAGACUGCAAAAUAAGUGUUGCUGAAUAUACAUGUGAAGAUAAUGUGAAUCCUUGUGGAGAUGAUGCAUACUGUAAUCAGACAAAAACAUCCCUUUUGUGUCAGUGUAAACCUGGCUUUCAGAGAAACAGGAGGAAUAGACAAUGUGAAGAUAUCAAUGAGUGUAUGGUAUUUGGUGCCUGCUCCCAACACUGCAGUAAUAUUAAGGGAUCAUACAGAUGUGCAUGUGAGAAAAAUUAUAAGGAGAGGAAUAACAGUUGCAUAGCAAAAGGCUCUGAAGAUCAAGUUCUCUAUGUUGCUAAUGACACUGACAUCCUGGGUUUUGCAUAUCCAUUCAACUACAGUGAUGCUCAUCAGCAAAUAUCACAUAUUGAACAUAAUUCAAGAAUAACUGGAAUGGAUGCAUAUUUUCGAGGGGAUAUGAUUGUUUGGAGUACUCAGUUUAAUCCAGGAGGGAUUUUCUACAGAAAACUUCACGACAGAGAGAGAAGGCAAAGUAACAGUGGCUUGAUAUGCCCAGAAUUCAAAAGGCCCAGGGGCAUUGCUGUUGACUGGGUGACUGGAAAUAUUUACUGGACUGAUCACUCCCGGAUGCAUUGGUUCAGCUACUACACCACUCACUGGACCAGCCUGAGAUACUCCAUCAAUGUGGGUCAACUGAACGGGCCCAACUGCACCAGGCUCCUCACAAGCAUGGCAGGAGAACCAUAUGCAAUUGCUGUAAAUCCUAAAAGGGGGAUGAUGUACUGGACAGUUAUUGGGGAUCGCUCUCACAUAGAGGAAUCAUCUAUGGAUGGUACUCUGAGAAGGAUAUUGGUUCAAAAGAACUUACAAAGACCUACAGGCCUCGUAGUUGAUCAGUUCAGUCAGCGCCUGUUCUGGGCUGAUUUUGAAUUAUCUGUUAUUGGGAGUGUCCUUUUUGAUGGUUCUGACUCAGUUGUGUCUGUGAGCACUAAACAAGGUUUGCUGCAUCCACAUAGAAUCGACAUUUUUGAGGAUUACAUAUAUGGAGCAGGUCCUAAAAAUGGUGCAUUUAGAGUACACAAAUUUGGCAGGAGCCUUGUGGAAUACCUAAGUGUGGAUGUUGAUAAAGCAAAAAGUGCCUUGAUUUUUCACCGCUACAAACAGAUGGACUUGCCUAAUCCAUGCUUGGACUUGACUUGUGAAUUCAUUUGUUUACUCAACCCUUCUGGUGCAACAUGUGCUUGUCCAGAAGGAAAAUCAUUGAUGAAUGGAACAUGCAUUGAUCAAAGCCUCUUAGAUGGCACCUGUAAAUUAACCUGUGAGAAUGGAGGAAAGUGCAUUAUAAACGAGAAGGGGGAUCCUCGAUGUCACUGCUGGCCAAGUUACUCUGGUGAAAGGUGUGAAACGAACCAUUGCUACAACUACUGCCAGAAUGGAGGAACCUGUGGAGCCUCUCUCCUUGGUCGACCGACCUGCAACUGCGCACUGGGUUUUACGGGGCCAAACUGCAACCAGACGGUCUGUGAGCGCUUCUGCCAAAACGGGGGGACCUGCAGUGUCACCACUGGGAACCAGCCCUUCUGCACCUGCUUGCCUGAGUAUACAGGAGACAGGUGCCAGUAUUAUGUUUGCCACCAUUACUGUGUGAAUUCUGAAUCCUGUACUAUUUCUGAUGAUGGAAGUGUAGAAUGUGUCUGUCCAGUACGGUUUGAAGGUCCAAAAUGUGAAGUGGACAAGUGCAUCAGGUGCCACGGGGGACACUGCAUAAUAAACAAGGACAGCAGUGAUAUAGUAUGCAAUUGCACAAAUGGAAAGAUUGCCUCUACCUGCCAGCUGUGUGAUGGCUACUGUUACAAUGGUGGUACAUGUCAACUGGACCCAGAGACAAACAUUCCUGUCUGUCUAUGUUCAGCCAACUGGUCAGGCACACAGUGUGAGAGGCCAGCUCCCAAAAGCAGCAAGUCAGACAAUAUCAGUACAAGAAGCAUAGCAAUCAUUGUUCCUCUUGUUUUACUGGUGACUUUGAUCACUACUCUGGUAAUUGGACUAUUUCUUUGCAAAAGAAAAAGAAGGACAAAAACUAUCAGAAGACAACCCAUGAUAAAUGGAGGAAUCAAUGUAGAAAUCGGCAAUCCAUCCUAUAACAUGUAUGAGGUGGGCCAUGACCACAGUGAAGGUGGUCUUUUAGCCUCAGAUUUUACUGUAAAUGCAGAAAAGGCCAGAUACAUAGGGGGAGGGCCCACUGCAUUCAAGCUUCCCCACACAGCUCCAUCAAUCUACCUAAACUCUGACUUGAAAGGACCACUAUCAACAGGGCCAACAAAUUACGCCAAUCCAGUAUAUGCAAAGUUAUACGUGGAUGGACAAAACUGUCGAAACUCCUUAGCAAGUGUUGAUGAAAGAAGAGAACUUCUUCCAAAGAAAAUAGAUAUUGGGAUAAGGGAGACUGUGGCAUAAUCUGCUGUUACCUUUUAUACUCUGUAUAAAUGUAUAAAAUAUAAGGAUUACUUUUCUAUGUACCAACAGUAUUAUAAUUGUUUUGGCAUCAGCAUUACCUCUGUUUUUUGUUUGGUUGAUUGUUUUCUGGGUUUUUCUUUUGCUGAUGACUUUUGACUGACCAUUUGUAAGGUAUUUUUAUGAAAAAGAAACUGCACUACGGUACAAUUUACAACAAUGCUGCUGAAAUAACACACCUUUAAAUUUGUUAAAAUGGCAAACAACGUAUUCGUUUGUAGCGUGAAAAUGAGCAAUCUAUUUUCUAUGAACUUUUUUGGUUCUACUUAAUCAAUGAAGAUGGUAUCUGCACUUUUUCAUUAUGUAGUCUGGAAGCUGUAGUACAGUGUGUAACUUUGUUUAUUUUAAAUGGUGAAAGAAUGAUUGAAUGGUCUACUCUCUUCUUUGUGCCCAUUAGAAUUUCUCUUCAGAUCCUGAUGAAGCUAGAUAACUUUUCACAAACAUACAUAACUUGCUUUUAAAUUAGCUUUAGGUUGCCAAGAAGUAAACAAGACUAUAGAAAUGAGACAUCUAAUGAUCUGCAUGAACACAAUGAUUAUGUUUCAGAAAUUCAGUGACUGUACAUGAUAUACUAAACAUAUAUACCAUGUAAACAAGCUUUGUAUUUAUUAAAACCUUAUAGAACAUAGUAAAGAUAUAUCUUGGAAGCUGAAACCUUACUUGCUGUGGGACAAAGCAUCUGAACUCCAACAGUCCUGUAGGACAGUAGCCACCCUAGAGCACAAGAGGGCAUUGCCUACACAUGUGUUAUGUUUUUUCACUUAAUCACACGCAUUACUUACGGAUUAAUAAUUCCCCAACACGUACCGAGCAGUAGGGAAAAAACCAAACCCCAAACCUUAAGCACACUCAGAUGAUCACAGCAUUUGGUUUUGACAAUCACAAAAAAAAAAAACCCCUCACGCCUGUUUAGUGAUAUUAAAGAAUUCAAAACACAGCAGUUUCUUUAAAUUAAGAUAAACUCUGGUAUUGUGGAGGUAAAAUGAACCAAACUGCAUAUUAGUGAAACCUUACCAAAGCCCAAGUUUCAGUAGCCUGGGUUAAAUGUCAAAAUCCAAUUAUCAAAAGUGAAAAGCAUCAGUAUCAGUUUCCAGCACUUCUCUGACCGGGUCUGCUUUCUGUUGUUGCUAAGAGGCAAAAUCUGACUCACCUUUUUUAAUUUUGAUGGAAAUAAAGAAUACAAUUGCUUUCAGGUUUGAACUGAAUCGAAAUAUUUUAUACAUAACUUUAAAGGCACAAAAGACGUAUUCACACAUAUACUGUGGAGGAUUCUUCCUUCCUCUGCUAGACAUGACUGACUUUUAGCUAUCAUAAUAUAUUAACCUAACAGAUUAAAUAUGUUUGUGGUUGCUCUUUAUUCCCUUUGUACAAGCAUUACAAAAAUAACUGCUGUUUUAUAAAAGAUUUUUGUUGUACUAUUGUGCAUGCAUACUACCUAUUUCUAAACUUUGCCAUAUUGGGGCCUUUAUAAAACUCUUGAUUUAUGUAAUACUAGUGCAAUUUUGCUUGAACAAUGUUAUGCAUAUCAUAAACUUUUUCAGGUUCUUGUUUAAGUACAUUUUUUUAAAUUGAACAGUAUUUUUCAUUUUGGUUAUAAUAGUCAUUUUGCCUAUGUUUCUACAAUGAAGUGUUAAAUACUUUAUAAAAAAAAUUGUUGACUGAUUUAUUUAAAUGAAAAUCUACAUACUUAAUUCAGUGUGUUGACUAAUUUUUAAAUUUAACUUAUAAAAUGAAAGCCGAAGAAAGAGCAAAUUGAAGCAAAAGAACAUUACUUUGUACAAAUGGCUAAAUCCCUUUUCUUAAUGACAAUUUUUGCUUUUUAUACAAAUUCUGUUUGAAUGUGUUUGCAGCUCUGCACGUGUUUGGAUAACUUAGGUGUAUAGCUGUACAUUAUGUCAAUAGAAUUUUAAAACUAUUAUUUUUUCUAUAAAAAUACUGUAUUAAAUAGUUUCAUACCACACAGCUAUGAUUCCACAGGUUCUGCCUUUGUUCUGCUGACAUCAUCAGAGAUGGAUUAGGCCCUCAUUUUUUUCUAUAAUUAAAGUUGUUAUUUGGUGUAAGUA